AUGAAGAUUGUUAAAUUCCAGUCCAUUCUUUCAGGAUUACAGAGAAAAUGGAUUGUUCAGCCUGUGCCGGGAACAGCAAAAAGAUUUCCCAGGAAGAGGGCACCAUCUUGUGGUCAGUGGGAUGAGCUGGCAGGGGGAAGAAAGUCGGAGAAUCCUAGUGUCGGAGGACCGUGGUUCUCAGCGCUGCGGUUCCCAGGUCAGGCCCCAGCCCUGGAGACGCAAGGAUCACUGGUGAGCUGGGGCGGCCCCAGGGUCGGUACCUGCCAGGGCUCCCGUGGAUGCUGCUGCGCAGCCAGGGUGGAGAACCGCCUGUCAGAAACCCGGCCACCGGCACCUCCGGCCUCCCUGCUGCCCCCGGGCCUGCUGCGCCCCUCCGUCCGCUUCUCCUUCCGCCUCUCCCCUCCACCCCGACCGACAGGGCCCGGAGGCCCCACGGUCGGCGCCUCCUCCUUCACGGAGCCCUUCCCCUCCCCCGCCCUCUCGCCGCGGCAGCUCGGAGGGACGCGUGGUGCCCCUGCCCCCCUGCGGAAGCGGAGGCCCUGGGCCACGCGCCGAGAGACACGCUCCCGCCCCGGGCCCUGCCUGCGUGGCCUCCCCUGCCCGCCGCCGCGGUCGUGGCCACACAAAUCAAAUUUAUCUGUGGGGGACAGACCGGAGGGAACAGCAUACACGAGGGCGGCUGCUCGGGGGAGGAAGCGCGAGACGAGGACGGAGCUGAAGGGCGAGACGAAAGGCGGCCUGGCGCCGACAGAUGACGUCAGGCGCCACGCAGCAUAAAGGAGCGGCCCUGCGCGGACACAUGGCGUCAGGCUCCCUACCUGAGGACAGCCCCCCGGGCUCCCCGAGGAGAAGGACUCCCCGGCUGCCGGAGGGCCCGCCGGCAGCUUCCCGGGCUUGUUCCAGCGCGCUGGGGCCCCAGGCGCGUCACAGCCAUUUUCGGGAUGGGCAGGGACGGUUUUUGGAAGCCGGGGGGCCGGGGCGGGGAGCGCAGCGGCGGGACGGAGAGAAGCCAGCGGCCCCACCUCUCCCGUGAUCAGGAACCACCGCCGGCUGCAAACCGCUCGUGUUUGUGGGUGGGGUGUAUGUAUUUAAGCUAUCAGAAAUUACAGUUGAGAAGUUGUGAAAUAUUUAAUUCAUUUAAAAGUAA